GGGGACCGCAGAGGCAGACCGGGGACCGCAGAGGCAGACCAGACCGGGGACCGCAGAGGCAGAGUUGCCUCAUCCCCGAGCGCCCAGCGGCGCUGCUAGGACUCUGGAUGAGGAGUCGGGGAAGAGGUGCGCGACUUGCAGCUAACGUAGCUGUGCCUGCGACUCCAGCACCGUCCUAAACGUCUGGAUCAGCACAUGACUACCAUGGCUGCGGGAGUCUUGCCUCAAAAUGAACAACCAUAUUCUACUUUGGUGAAUAACAGUGGGUAUCCUGCAAACAUGAAAGAUCUGAGUGGGAAUCAGUAGUUUCUUUGUUUGUCACUAUGGAAACAAGUCAGCCUAUCCUGAAUGGUGGUUAGAUCACGCAGAGUGAUGCUCAUGUCUCAGUGUAACUUCAUCAUGGAGCAGACUGGCGCUGACAUCUCGCCUCCAGCUCUUCCCUCCUGGAAGCCCAGCGCCAUGCAGGAUCCACCCCGGAGGCUUUCUGCUGUGCCAUUCCUCAGCUCCUUUUUCCAGGGCCGACGACACUCUGCCUCCGACCCCAUCCUGCGACUGCAGCAGGGGCGGCGCAGCUCCACUGCCAAGAUGCUCUCCUCAUCCUCUCUCCAGGUGAUGGUGGCCAUGUCCUCAGUCAGCUGUGCUGAGAGAAACCCAACUUGCCCCGAGAGAAAAAGAAAUUCAGGACGUCCAACACCAAAGUAUACAAAAGUUGGAGAGCGUUUACGGCAUGUCAUUCCUGGACAUAUGGCCUGUUCCAUGGCAUGUGGUGGCAAAGCUUGCAAGUAUGAAAAUGCAGCCCGCUGGAGUGAACAGGAGCAAGCUAUUAAGGGGGUCUACUCGUCCUGGGUCACUGAUAAUAUCCUGGCCAUGGCACGCCCAUCCACUGAGCUCCUCAAGAAGUACUGCAUCAUUGAGCAGUUCCGAAGCCAUGGCAUAAAAAGUAUCAUCAACCUGCAGCGUCCUGGUGAGCAUGCCAGCUGUGGGAACCCUCUGGAACAAGAAAGUGGCUUCACAUACCUUCCUGAAGCUUUCAUGGAGUCUGGCAUUUACUUCUACAAUUUUGGAUGGAAGGAUUAUGGUGUAGCAUCCCUUACCACCAUCUUAGAUAUGGUGAAGGUGAUGACAUUUGCCUUACAAGAAGGAAAAGUAGCUAUCCAUUGUCAUGCAGGGCUUGGUCGAACAGGUGUUUUAAUAGCAUGUUACUUAGUUUUUGCAACAAGAAUGACUGCUGACCAAGCAAUUAUAUUUGUUCGGGCAAAGCGACCUAAUUCCAUACAAACCCGAGGACAGCUACUAUGUGUAAGGGAAUUUACUCAGUUUCUGAUUCCUCUUCGCAAUAUAUUCUCUUGCUGUGACCCCAAGGCACAUGCUGUCACCUUAGCACAGUAUCUCAUUCGUCAGCGGCAUCUGCUUCAUGGCUAUGAGGCACGACUUCUGAAACAUGUACCCAAAAUUAUCCAUCUCGUUUGCAAAUUGUUGCUGGACUUAGCUGAGAACAGGCCAGUAGUGACGGAAGAAGUGGCAGAAGUACCUGGCCUCUCUGCUGAAAUUGAAAAGACUGUUUCUGAGAUGGUCACAAUGCAGCUGGAUAAAGAGUUACUGAGACAUGACAGUGAUGCAUCGGACUCUUUCACCCCCAAUGCAGUGGUGGCAGAUUUUGAGAAUCAGGAUGUGAUUCUUUCCAGUGAGCAAGAGUUUGACCCUCUUUGGAAGAGGCGGAAUGUUGAGUGCCUUCAGCCCCUGACUCAUCUGAAAAGGCAGCUCAGCUACAGUGACUCGGACUUAAUGAGAGCCAAGUCACUUCUGGAGCAAGGGAGGACUCCGUGGGCACUGCCUGCCCAGGCCUUGCUUUGCCAUAACCCCAGACAGCAGAAGCACAUAAGCCAUUGUUACUCCCCACAGUCUCCACAGCUAGAUUUAAAUAAGGAAACGCUGGUCCGCAAUGCAUUUUCUUUCUGGAAUCACGCUAAAUUUGGAGGCCUGGAAGGACUCAAAGAUGACAGGUCAUCAAUUUUCCAUAGGACGAACAUUCCAAAGGAAGUACAGCGAAGUAGAACCUUCUCUUCCGGUAUUUCAGGUUCAUACAACCCUGGGGAACCAGUUACACCAAAUUUUGCACAUAUCCCUAAGGAACUAAACUGUUCUCACCAGCAAGUGUCCCACUGUGAGUGUGAAACUCGUGGUGGUUGUGGCCCAAGCUCUGUUGCGGAGGACAGUGAGACUUACCGCCGCCCCGUGGACUCUGCGUCCAGUCCCAAAGCACAGUUCUUGGUUGGACCUGAAACCCGGGAUAGCAAAUAUCUGUCUGAAGUUGCUCCAUACACGGCUUUACAGUCUGACUUGAGUGUUGAAGCAAGGAGAAUACUGGCAGCCAAAGCCCUGGCAAAUUUAAAUGAGAUUGCAGAAACGGAGGAAGUGAAAAAGAAGGUAGAAAUGUGGCAGAAGGAACUAAAUUCCCGAGAUGGAGCUUGGGAAAGAAUAUGUGGCGAAAGGGAUCCUUUCAUCCUGUGCAGUUUGAUGUGGUCUUGGGUGGAGCAGCUGAAGGAGCCUGUGAUAACCAAAGAGGACGUGGACAUGUUGGUUGACAGAUCUGCAGAUGCCGCAGAAGCACUGUUUUUAUUAGAGAAGGGCCAGCAACAGACUAUUCUUUGCGUGUUGCAUUGCAUAGUGAGCCUGCAGAUGAUUCCUGCCAACGUGGAGGAAGCCGUUCUUGCACGUGCCAUUAAAGCCUUCACUAAGGUUAAUUUUGAUUCUGAAAAUGGACCAAUAGUUUACAACACCCUGAAGAAAAUAUUUAAGCACACACUGGAAGAAAAAAGAAAAAUGACAAAAGACAGCCCUAAGCCUGGCAUUUAGUGAAGCUGACUUUCCCCUCGUGAAUAUUUCAGACCUGAAGAUCUAGAUGGCAUUUCUGCUCAUAGCUGAACAAGCUAAAAUGUGGAACUGCUUUGUCUCAUAGCACUUUAUUUCAGAUGCUCUUGGUUUGUGCUAAGAAUGCUUGUUCCUGUUUGGAGCAAUUAUUUAUUUUAAAAUAUCCUUGAGUUACAUUUUUGUGUUGAAAAAUUGCCAUAAAGUUGGUGCCACUUCUUUUAUUUAUUUAACUGGAUUAAUAUUGUAUUAAUAUUUUAAGAAUUAUGGUGUUUACAUCCUUGUUCUUUUUGACAUUUUGGAAAAAGUUUUAACUCUUCUUUCCAAAACAAUUAUCUUAUUGAUGGAACUCUUCCUAGAGUUUUUACCAAAUAGAUAAUUUUCGUAGUAAAACUUCACUGUGUCUAUUCCCCAAUACAUGACCUAAGGAAGUCACCAAGUGUCUUAAACUGUUUUAUAUUUGUUAAUAAGGCAAUUGACACAACAUUUUUAAAGGAUUUUUUAAUAUUUGUUUGAAUUUUUUUUUCUUUUUAUAAAUGUGGCAAAGGGUCUCAAAUGUAUUAUUUUUCAGAGUGAUUUAGUUUUACGUUAAAGGAUUGACAGUGCAGUGUUUGGGACUUACUACUGUAGGAAAUAGACUUGCUCUUUGUCAGGCUUCCAGACAACCUCACUGACCUCUGCUGUCACAGGCGGAAGGAGCAGUUCUCAACACAUCAGACCUUAUUCCCGCUCCCCUGGGCUGUUGCUGAGCUGAGCAGCAUCUUUACAGAGAAAGUGAGAUCAGUGACAGGCAGUAUGGGAAGCUGCAGGACUCCAGCAGAAAGAACUGUCUUACAGGGGCGGGCACCCUAGCCAUAGCCUCUCCCCAGAGGCAGUUCUGUUCAUGCCGAUGUUGUGAUAGCACGAGCACCAGCCCACACAUCCUAAAUCUAUCGUUCCAUAAACCCAGAUGCCUCAGGGCCCUGUCUUUGGCUGCUUUACUUCUAUGAGAAUUAAGACUUUUAAACUGAAUUUGACUCAACGUAGGUUGCAUUCAUUUGGAUAAGAGGAAGUAAUUGCUCAAACUAUUUUAGUUCCUUAUAAACCAAACUAUCAGCCAUUGAAGCCAUUAAAUAUUAUUUAAAUGAAUAUGUGGGGCACGAGAGGCCAAGCCACAGAACAGAUAGUAGUUUUUCCCAAUAAAAGUGAUAUUAAACCAAUUUCUAACUAAAGCUACUACUUAAUCUUAAAGACAGAAUUUCAGGGGAAGUAAGGCUAAUUUACAACAAAUGAAAUUUCUCCAACUUGUGCAUUUCUGAAUCAAACUCUAGCACAUCAAAAAUAUUUUAGUCAUUAUUGGUCUUACUGACUCUAGUG